AAUCAAUGAAUCAAUAAAGUGCAAACAACGACACAACGAGUUCAGUCAUCAGUCAUUGGAAUUUUUGAUUUAGGCUACUUUUGCAUUAUAAUUUUGCGGAUUGCUCCUAUGUGGAUUGGUUCAGUGAAAAAUGGAUAACAAAACGUUGACAGCUGUUGAGCAGGAGGUCGAUAGCAGCCAUAUUAUAGAACAAGAGUGCAGCAUUCCAGUUGAUGAUUAUGAUAAUGAUGAUGCUGAUGAUCAACAACGUUUAGGCAAUUUUUGCCAAGUAUUCGUCAAAGAAGAAUUACAUGAUGAGGAAAAAGCCGAGGAAGAAUGUUCAGGAAACCAGGACUGCAGCUCAGUGGAAAAUGAACAAGAGAUGCCGACUUCCAUCUGCAGCAAAGAUGAGCCUUUCAUCUGCAAAUUCUGUGAUUUUACAUGUGCCCGUGCAAGUAGUUUCAAAAAACACCUUUCAAAACAUACAACCAGAAAUUCACACAGUUGCGAGUUUUGUGACUUUAUAGGAUCGACUGCCUCUCAUUUGAAAGUACAUAUGUUCAAACAUAUCGGCAAAAAACCUUUAAGUUGCGAGCUCUGUGAGUUUAAAACUUGUAAUUCCACUCUUUUGAAAAGACAUAUGAGAUCUCAUACUGGCGAAAAACCUUUCAGCUGUGAAUUAUGUGACUUCAAAUGUGCUGUAAAAGGUAGUUUGAAAGUACAUAUGAGAACUCAUACUGGCGAAAAACCUUACAGCUGUGAAUUGUGUGACUUUAAAUGUACUGAAAAAACUUAUUUGACAGCACAUAUGAGAAGACAUACAGGUGAAAAACCUUUUAGCUGCAAACUUUGUGACUAUACAUCUCGUUAUGCAAAUUGUUUGAAGAUCCAUGUAAUUAAAAAACAUUCAGAUAAAAAGCCAUUCGCCUGUGAAUUGUGUGAUUAUGCAACGCCUUCUGCAAGUCAUUUAAGGGUACAUAUGAGAAUUCAUUCUGGUGAAAAACCUUUCAGCUGUGAAUUUUGUGGUUAUCAAUGCAGGCAAGCUGGAUGUUUGAAAAAGCAUAUUAUCACAAUACACAACGGCGAAAAACCUUUCAGCUGUGAACUUUGUGGUUAUAAAUGUGGUUGGUUAAGUAGUUUGAAAAGACAUAUUAGAACGCAUACAGGCGAAAAACCUUAUAGCUGUGAAUUUUGUGGCUUCAAGGGGUCUCAAUCAAGAGAUUUGAAAUCUCAUAUGAAAAAAAUCCAUUCAAGAGAAACCUCGUCUAUGUCAACUUCUAAAUAAUGUAGGAGUGUAGCCUUUUAUUCUUAAAACCCAGUGUUAUUCCACCUGAUUGAUUGAUUUUCUAUCAAAAAUUAUAUUUUAUAUGAUUAGUUUGUUAUGCUAAAGAGAUGCAAUUAGAAAUAUAUUAUUAUGGACAAGUAAGUUCAUUGUAGCUUCAACACAGGACAAGGACUUUGCUUCUAAGCAGGCCCAAGAACAAGCAGAUCUGCCCAGAACGUUUCGAUUUUCCCCCAUUGGUUUCUUUUUCAUUUCAUUGUUUCUGAACAAUGGUUGGCUAAAUAAAUCGUAUUUGAAAAAUAUUCAACGUUACUGUUUCAGAAUAUGGUAAUAAUGAAAAUGUAAUUCACACAAAUGCGUUUACAAAAUGUAUUAGAAAAUCUCUCAUUAGUGAUAAGUAUAUCGUAACUGUGAAUAUAUUUAUAAAAUCUUUAAUGACAAAUCAAAUGUUCAAACUUUGAAUAUUCAUUUAUUGACGAGUAAUUGUUAUUUAAUAUUUUAAAUGUCGCUUUCAAUAAAUGAGUCACAUGCUGGUA